AUGCUUUCAAAUUACGAGGUGUUGGCCGUUUUACGCGAAAUGGACGACAAGCAAAAAGAUCAAGCAAGGGCAAAUCCAAAUAUUAAAUUUGCGGAAAAUUUAAAGACAAUACAGUUUGAGUCGCCAGCAUCAACACAAACUCCCGAACAAAUUGAAUCAAUUCUGGACAGUCUAAAAAAGUAUAAUCUCACGAAAUCAGAAAAGUUACAAAUAAUCAAUUUAAGACCUCAGAACCUUGUCGACUUGGAAUUGAUUAUUGAGGACUGCGAAGAUCGAUUUCAAGUGGAUACUCUUCGUGAAAUGAUAUACGUUAUUGGUACCAAAUUGCCAAUGCCGGGUAAGGUUGUCCACAGGUUGGAAGGUGGUCAAGUGAACCUGGAUGGUGAUGAAACGAUGAAAUUUAUUCACUAUCCAAUGGAACAAUGA